GUUACAUUCAGAAGAAGCAAUGGCUGAAGCAAAGAAACCAAGAAAGCGCACGUCAAAAUUCAAUAUUGAAAUACAAGGAGAAGAUGAGUUAAAACAAAAAACUCUUAAAAAGCUAAAUCUAGUGAAAGAAAAAAUGAAAACAGGUGUUAGAACAACAAAUGCAGUAGCAAUUGACACUUUGCUAGACUUCUGGAUCUUCAAUAAUGUUCAACAUGAUGAAAGAGAAAGACAAACAGUGAAUGAUAUCCUGGUUAUUCAAGAACAUACACCUGUUGAAAAAAACGAAACAUCUGACCCAAUGUUCCUGACAACAAAAUCAUCUAUACAAAAGUUUGUGGACAGUGUUUCAGCGCAUAAUGUUUUUUGUAAUAUGGCAUUACUCUGGAAUGAUCAUAGUCUUCAUGAUCAUGCAGCCUUGGUCAACAUGAAGUGUGAAGCAGAUCACCAUAUUAGAUGGAAGUCAUCUCCAACCUUACCAAAUGGCCAUAGUUUGGUGAACUUUCCUAUGUUCCAUGGGUAUAUUACAUCUGGAAUGCUUACCAGCCAAUAUGACCAUCUGCAUACAACUGCAGAUUUUGGACACAUCAGUAAAGAAUUUACUGAUGCAUACGCUCAAAAGGUCAAGUCUUGCAUGACAGACUCUUGUCAAGCUUCUAUCGUAGAAGAAUCCACACACCUUGAGCCAGAAAAGCUUGAUGAAGGAAUAUCUAUUAUGACCGACGCAAGGCAUGGUUGGCGAAAGAAUGCCAAUGAUUGUGACGUGGUGUGUAUUGGACUCUCGUCAAUUGUCAAGUUUCCCAAAC